CUACUAAGCCUGGUCUCUCUCUUCCUCAUCCAUCUCUCUCUUGAUCAUUAUUAUUAUUUAAUUUAUUAUUGUCCAUCUCUUUUCGUGGAAUUUUUCCUCCAUUGCUGGUUAUGAGGUGGCCGGUAAUGGGGGAGCCAAGGAUUAGCACCGGUUCCGACCAAUCAUCGUCGGCGACAUAUUCUUCUUCCUCUAAAGCCCCUCCUCCACCCCCUCCACCGCUUUCCCUCCUUCAGCCUUCAUGCAAGAAGAAACACAACAAACCCAAAGUUUUCCGUGUUUUCCGGUCCGUUUUCAGAUCAUUUCCCAUCAUAACUCCGGCAUGCAAGUUCCCAACCCUCCCGGGUGGCAAGCUGCCGGACGGGAGGAGCGGGACCGGCACACGGGUCACCGGAACUUUGUUCGGGUACCGGAAAGGCCGGGUGAGCCUGUCCAUACAAGAAAACCCUAGGACCUUACCCACAUUGGUUGUGGAGCUUGCCAUGCAAACCAACGUGUUGCAAAGGGAGAUGAGCAUCGGGAUGGUUCGGAUCGCCUUGGAAUGCGAAAAGCGGUCCGAAAAGGAGAAGAUCAAAGUGUUGGAGGAGCCCUUGUGGACCGUGUUUUGUAACGGGAAGAAAACCGGUUACGGGGUUAAGAGGGAGGCGACGGAGGAGGACUUGCAUGUGAUGGAACUUCUCAAGGCGGUUUCGAUGGGCGCCGGCGUCUUGCCCGGCAAAUCGGAGGUGGAAGGGCCGGAAGGGGAGAUGGCGUAUAUCCGGGCACAUUUUGAACGUGUGAUCGGGUCGAAGGAUUCGGAGACAUUGUACAUGUUGAGCCCUGAUGGUAACAAUGGACCUGAAUUAAGUAUUUUCUUUGUGAGGGUAUGAUGAUUUUUAGGUCUUGGUCUUCAUUUUUUAUUUGUUAAAUUUAAGGUUGAAUUAAUUUUUUGUUCUUUGAUCCAUCAUAAUCAAGGGUACUAGAGUUUGUAGAUAUAUUAGGGCGCCCUAGAAGAUGAUUGUAGGAUGGGAAUUUGAUAAUGUUGAUUUGUUUUUUUAGAAAAGAUCAGUGAGAGGUGUAAUGAGGAGAGAAACAUCAUGUUCAUUGUUAUUGAAUAUUGAUUGGUUGCAUAUUUAUGUUAUUCAAUUCAUUGAA